CGCCCCCCCCGCAACCUCGGCGCCGGCGCCGACUCUCCAGCUGUUCGUAGGCCAGGAGGUGAGGGUCCGCGGAAGGCAGAGGCGGUUGCCUCCUGCCUGUCCGUUCGUCCAUCCGCUCCCGCCGACCCUGCCGUCCCCUCUGGGACAGGCUUCCUGGAGGACGGCUUCGGUGCGGCUGGGUUUCUGACUGACAGGCACAGUUCCCCACAGCUCGCGCUGCCCGCCACGUCCCCGGUCUCUGCCGACGGCACUGCGGGGCGGGUGGCCUUUCCGAUCCCGGAGCGAUGACGGCUCUCUGCUCCCGGCUUGCCCGGCGUCCUCAGCACCGCCGGUUCCGGCUCGUGAGGUUCCCGCUGCCACAGCCGCCGCUGCUGUUGCUGCUGCUACUGCUGGCCGCUGGGCGUCCGGCGCGAGGCUGGGAAAGCGGAGACCUGGAGUUGUUUGACUUGGUGGAGGAGGUGCAGCUCAACUUCUACCAGUUUCUCGGGGUGCAGCAGGAUGCUUCAUCUGCAGACAUCAGAAAAGCAUAUCGUAAGCUUUCGCUAACUUUACAUCCAGAUAAGAAUAGAGAUGAAAAUGCAGAAACUCAAUUUAGACAAUUGGUGGCCAUUUAUGAAGUUUUAAAAGAUGAUGAACGGAGGCAGAGGUAUGAUGAUAUUCUGAUCAAUGGACUUCCAGACUGGCGACAGCCUGUAUUCUACUAUAGGCGGGUGAGAAAAAUGAGCAAUGCUGAGCUGGCAUUACUCUUGUUCAUUAUUCUCACAGUGGGUCAUUAUGCUGUGGUUUGGUCAAUCUACCUGGAAAAACAACUGGAUGAGCUGCUUAGUAGAAAAAAGAGAGAAAAGAAAAAAAAGACAGGUGGCAAGAGUGUGGAUGCAUUAAAACUCGGUGCUUCAGAGAAAAAUGAAAGAUUACUGACAAAACCACAAUGGCAUGAUUUGCUUCCGUGCAAGCUGGGAAUUUGGUUCUGCCUUACACUGAAAGCAUUGCCUCAUUUAAUCCAGGAUGCUGGGCAGUUUUACGCUAGAUAUAAAGAAACAAAAUUGAAGGAAAAGGAAGAUGCGCUGACUAGAGCUGAACUUGAAACACUUCAAAAACAGAAGAAAGUUAAAGUAAAAAAACCAAAACCUGAAUUUCCUGUAUACAUGCCUUUAGAAAGUACAUACAUUGAAUCUUAUGAUCAUGGAACUUCUAUAGAAGAAAUUGAAGAGCAAAUGGAUGAUUGGCUGGAAAGCAGGAACAGAACACAGAAAAAACAGGCACCUGAAUGGACAGAAGAGGACCUCAGCCAGCUGACAAGAAGUAUGGUUAAGUUCCCAGGAGGGACCCCAGGUCGAUGGGAAAAGAUUGCCCAUGAAUUGGGUCGAUCGGUGACAGAUGUGACAACUAAAGCUAAGCAACUGAAGGACUCAGUUACCUGCUCCCCAGGAAUCGUUAGACUUGCCGAACUCAAGUCAACAGCUCAGAAUUCCAGACCCCCGAAGACCCCCACGGCGUUGCCAGAUGACAUCAUCACCCAGCGAGAAGAUGCAGAGGGGAGAGCAGAGGAGGAGGAGCAGGAAGAGCUGGAGGAGGGUGCAGGAGAGCAGAAUGAGGCUGGGAUUGCCGAAACCCGGGCUCGGAGGCGGAAGCCAGCCAGACUGCUUGAGACAGUAACAAGGGUGGAGCCAGAGGAGAAGUUCAGAGCAAAGAGGCAGAAGGACUUUGAAAUAUCAGAACAAAAUGAAUCCAGUGAUGAGGAGAGCCAGAAAAAAGAGCGAACUCGUGCUGCAGAGGAGCCAUGGACUCAGAAUCAACAGAAGCUUCUGGAAUUGGCAUUACAGCAGUAUCCAAAGGGAUCCUCUGACCGCUGGGACAAAAUAGCCAAGUGUGUGCCGUCUAAGAGUAAGGAAGACUGUAUCGCUAGAUACAAGUUGCUGGUUGAACUGGUCCAAAAGAAAAAACAAGCUAAAAGCUGAAUAUUUCGGAAGAUGAUGUUCACUUUCAUUUUCCAAAAUGAAUAGUUCAAAGAUCUUAUGCAGAAAUUUGCAUUUUGUACCUCAGUAUUUCUAUACGUCAUGUGCCUUAGUAAAAUAAAUAAAUAAAUAAUAAGUGUUUGCUCUAUUGUUGAACCCAAUACUGUGUUGAAGAGAAACAAAGGAUUUGGGUAUUUUGCAGAUUAUUUUUUCUCAUCACUGCAAAACUUACUUUCUUGGGGAACAAACUGAAUAGUGCUUCCUAAUGAUCAGGCAAAUGUAUGUUUUUGAAGUGAGUGAAUUAUGAGUGAACUAAUGUGUAAGAAUUAGUUCACUCAUAAUUCACUCACUUCAAGAAUUAGAACUUAAUGUGUUUUAAAGAAACCAUGACCAGAAAACACAUCAGUUAAUGUCUCCAUUGGGGGUUGAGAAGCAGGAUGAAGUUACUUGGCGAGAAAAAAAAAAAAAAAGAUUGGUAUCCAGCUAGCUGGCUAAGAACAGUGUGAGGUUAUCUGAAUUACUUAUAUAUACCUAGAAAAAAUAAGUCUACAUUAACAAGGACGUAAGGUGCUUGGUAGAAAUGUGUCCCCAGCUGAUAGAAUUUCCAGGAAACAUGCAGGAAAGUUUUUAGGAACUAAUUAAAUUGGGUCUUAUAUUUUAAUACCUAAGUUAAAAUCACUAUGUUGAACUGUUAAUUUCUGUUGAACUAUGUAUUUGUGUUUGAGCUGUCAUUGUCACCUGAGCAUCCCUUUUUAACUCUUCUGUCAUUUGUUCAGAGCUUAGCAAUUUUUUUGUAAGUGCAGAUUGCCUAAACUUGAAAAACAUUAAGAUAACCAAAACGCAUUUAGUGGAAAUGAUUUGACGAAAUAUCUAUACAGAUGUCAUUUUUCUCUAAGGAUUGAAAUGAGAUGAUAGUUUCCUGGGGAAAAGUUUGGGUGGCAGAGGACACCAUUUAGCUCUGUAAUUUUCUCAUCUGUAAAGGGGGACAGUGGACCAGGCGAUUCGGACAGCAGAAGAGGCCCCCGGGCCUCAGGCGGGUGCCAUGUUAGGGACACACCUGUGACUUCUGACACAGCUCCCUGGGUGAGACAUUGCAGUGAACUCACCACCUCGGAGACCUCUAAGACCAUAGUCCCCAAUUCCAAAAGGAGCAGUCGAAAUGUAAAAAACAGCAGAUUACAAA